AUGGCUGCACUUGCAUCAGCAGCACCUGUUCCGGCCUAUGCUUACUCCAUACAAUCACGACCACAUGCGCGUGCCCUUCGACCCAGUGCCUCAAAUCGUUCGAGAGCUUACCAAGUACGACCGGCUGAGAAGCUCAAACAGCAUUACAACCGACCCUCUGACAGUUCGGACGACGAAGAUCUUGCGCCGAUCAAGCUGAGCGCAGAGGCACAAGCUAUCCUUGGUGAGGAACAAUCGCAAGCUCAGCAGAACAAGGAGAAUAUCGAGCUUGAGCAACAAGAGCUCCAAGCAGACCAUUACGAAGAACCACUGCACCACCAUCAUAUAUCAGCACACAUUCCGGAUGGCAGCCCUGUAUUACGUGCUUACAGGCCAUCACCCCCAGUUGUGCUUGUACGCGACGGCUCAUUUGCCUACAAAGUUCAUGACAAGAGCAGGACUUUUGGCAUGCUCGACCAUGAAUCCAAGACGCCUGCGCCGCGUCUUCGCAAGAUACGUGUUAGCGGAUCUCGUAGUCAAACAAAAUCACCAUCUUCAGCAGGAGCUACUACGGAACAACAGACUCACAUUGAGCCCGACGAAGAGCGAAGUUCCGAGGACAUUGAACGUGAUCUAAGUGCUGUACAGGUCGCUGAGACAGCGGAUCAUGAGCCUCAUACUGUGGCACGACCAAGGAAAGCGAAAGAAAAUGGUGCACAUAGCACAGUGAGGACACACAAAAUGGGCACUGGCACUUUGCUUAGGGGUGCAGUGCGCAGAGGAGUUUUUCGCAGGCAGAGCGACGACGAAGAUUCGCAUCUGGCGUACAAAGAGUCAGUGGCUGCUAGUCCUGAGAUGCAACGAGGACGGAGAGCUCAGGUUGAGCUCGAUAACAAGCCAGAUGAUCUUUUGUUUGAUUACGAGAGUCCCAAGUCGAGAACGCAGGAGAGUCCCGUAGCGGUCAGCAACCAUGGAUCUGGUCGAAGGUCGGCAUCUCCUGCAAGCCAACAGUCUGCAAAGCCUGCCUCCCCGAGAAGGCCGGUCUCACUUGCCACAUCCAUUGGCAGACGUUUUCCAACUCCAGCUCUAGAUGAAGCAGUAUCUUCGAAAUCAUCAGGCUCGAACAGACCAAUAUUCAGAAUCCCUUCACUACCACCAUCACAUAUCAGCAACGAGCAGGAGAACGAGCCACCGCCCACUUUCAAAAGAGGAAAGCCUGCAGCUACUCAUCUGGAAAUACACGAAGACAACAUGAACAAGAUCGAAAACAAACAGCAGAAAGAAGAAUUGGUUUCCGGAAGCUCACCUCAAAGACAGAUGCUAGCUGUACGUUCUAACAACACGCCUCAUAGACCUGCGCCUCCACCACCACCAAAGAUGUCCUUAGUGGAAGCAGCGACGUCGAAUGCUGGAAAUAGUCGAGCCAAGAAAUCAGUACACUAUGUCUUGAAUGGGCGUACCUAUCGUAGAUUGGAUUGUAUUGGCAGAGGUGGAUCUUCUCGAGUCUUCAGAAUCAUGGCAGAAAAUUACAAGAUAUUUGCUCUAAAAAGAGUGAACCUGGAAGAGGCUGAUAUGGCAUCGAUUGCAGGAUUCAAAGGAGAGAUCGAGUUGCUGAAGAAACUUGAGAACGUGGAAAGGGUGAUUAGGUUAUUCGACUACGAGGUUAACGAGGAAAAAGGCGUCUUGAGUGUCAUGAUGGAGCUAGGGGAGACCGACUUCAACAAGAUGCUAAACGACCAACUCAAGAACGAGAACUCGAACUUCGACAUCACCUUUACACGCCAUUACUGGAAAGAAAUGCUUGAAUGUGUUCGAGCUAUACACGACCACGACAUCGUACAUUCCGACCUCAAGCCAGCGAAUUUCCUGCUUGUCAAAGGCCAGUUGAAACUGAUCGACUUUGGCAUCGCCAAUGCCAUUCAGGAGAACACGGUCAAUGUGCAUCGCGAGAACCAGAUAGGCACUCCCAAUUAUAUGUCGCCUGAGUCACUGGUGUGCCAUGCUCCUAUCGCUGGACAGGCAACCAACGUCAAGAUUCUGAAACUCGGCAAGCCAAGCGACAUUUGGUCCCUAGGAUGCAUUCUAUACCAGAUGACAUAUGGACAACCACCUUUCGCACAUAUCCCGAAGGCGUUCGAACGCGUCAUGGCAAUACCAAAUCCAAAGGUAGAAAUACAGUUUCCCUCCACUGGCAUAGGCGGCUCAGUGGUACCAUUUGGAUUGAUCAAGACACUGAAGAGAUGUCUUCAACGCGAUCAAGCUCUCAGACCAACGAUCAAAGAACUGCUGUCCAACGCAGACCCAUUCCUCAAUCCUGUGGCGAUCAGCCCUGAUAUGCUAGGCAGAGUGAUCGGCAAUGUGAUCAACCAUUGUCGAAAGAGAGAGGAGAGUUACAGGCAGUCAGGUGAGCUGGGUAACCCGCGAGUUAGCUGUCUUCCAAGGGACGAGGACAUGCGGAACUGGCCUCAAGCGUUCUACGACAAAUUGAGGCAGGCUCAGGAGGAGGGUACGGCAUGGUGA